AUGAUGGUGGCACUGCCCAGCCUGGCGUUGGCUCUGCUCUGCCUGCUGCGGGUUGGGGCCGAGGUCCUGGUGCAGCCGGGGUUCAGCGCUGAGAAGUUUGCAGGGACGUGGCACGUUGCAGCCGCCGUUUCCAACUGCUCCGUGUUCCUGAACAUAAAGGAUGGGAUGAAGUCGUCCAUUGCCACCAUCAGUUUCACACCAGAGGGGGACCUGGCCAUGACGCUCAUCUGGUCCCAGAUGGGCACAUGCCAGAAGUUUAAGCUGCUCUUCCAGCAGAGCGGGCAGGUGGGACACUACAUAGGGCUCCUGCAGAAGUUCAAGGCGCUGAUCCCCACCAUGGGGCUGAGCAAGGACAUGCUGGGAAUCCUGCCCAAAUGGG